GCCAUCUACCACACAGGCAGAACUGACCACACAGUUACAGAACCAAAUCACACAGCCAGAACUGACCACACAGUUACAGACAGAACUCACUCAGCCAGAACUGACCACACAGUUACAGACCCAACUCACACAGCCAGAACUGACCACACAGUUACAGACCCAACUCACACAGCCAGAACUGACCACACAGUUACAGACAGAACUCACACAGCCAGAACUGACCACACAGUUACAAACAGAACUCACACAGUUACAGAGAAACCUCACCCCACAGACAGACCACAACAGACUCCUGCAGAGCAAGACAGAAGUCAGCAUGCAGGUGGACUACAUGAGACAGCUUAUACAGGCACAGACAGACAUCACACAGCUACUGACAGAACACACACCACCAAACACAAACAUCACACCACUGACUAUACAACAAUAGACAAAGACAGAACUACAGGCAGAAAGACAGACUUUUCUGUUGGUACCACUCUGUUCCCUGAGUAUGACGUGGAUGACUUUGGCCCAGACCUAACCAAGGUAGAGUCAGUUCCAAGCAGGGGUGAUACCCUGUUCCCUAUGCAGCUGCCCCCUCUCCCCACCACCCGCUCCCAGCCCAUCCACCCCCACCUCGACAUCAACCAGGGGGGAGACCAGGUGAGACAGGGAGAGACUCGGAUAGGCUCAGGCAGAGGGGAGAGCAGUGGGAGUGGGGAGGGGAGCAGUAGUGAUGGGGGAAGUGAGGGGGAGGACAGGGUAGUAGUGAUUCCUACACAGGGCUUCAUGGCCGGGACAGGGAUGGGAUCAGACCCUUCACGCCCAAGACAACCAGGUUACCCAGGACGUCCAGGGUCAGUCACCCCAGAGCAGGGCCAACCAGGCUGGGACAGAGUGACAGGACAGAAGCCUGCUGUGGUCUACAAGGAGGAGGAGGGCCAGAGCUCUAGAAAAACAACCCAUAGCAUAGCAGGAGCCAUGGAAUCAUACAGCGUGGACCAAUCGGUGGCGAUCCCUCAUGAGGCAUCUCCCACCAAACCACCCUUCCACCUCAUCAUUGUCAACGUGCAUGACAAGAACCAAACAGUCGACCACAUCCUGCAGAUCCUUGGCCAGCCUCUAGGGGGUAAUGGAGAUUUCCAGUCCCCUCUCAUCCCAGCCUUCCCAUUCAUCCAGACUGAGGCCAUCCAGGGCAGCGAGGACAGUAUCCAUCCCAUCACUCUUCCCCCAACACUCAGCUUCAUCAACGGGAAACACCAGGUGACUCUGGAGCCAGAGCUGCCGGAGCAGGAGCAGGAGGCGAGAGGAGACCAGUUUGAGAUGGCCACACCAGUCCACAGUGAACUGGGGGAAGAGAUGGAUCAUGACGAGGAGGAGAAGAGCCUCACUCCCUUUGACUUUGGAGCCAUUCAUACUGGAGAGACCAGAGAGUCCACUACUACAGACAGAGACACAACUACAGACAGAGACACAGACAGAGACACAACUACAGACAGAGACACAACUACAGACAGAGACACAACUACAGACACAGACAGAGACACACACACAUACAGAGACACAGACAGACACACAACUUCAGACACAGACAGAGAUACAGACAGACACACAACUUCAGACACAGACAGCGAUACAGACAGAGACACAGACAGAGACACAGAUAGACACACAACUUCAGUCACAGACCGAUAUACAGACAGAGAGAGGACACAGACAGGAGGAAAGACAGAAAGCUCCAAAGAAACAACCCCUUCUUCCAUACACACAUCCCCAGGCUCUUCCUCAGUCUCUUCCCCAGUCUCUUCCCCAGUCUCUUCCCCAGGCUCUUCCCCAGGCUCUUCCCCAGGCUCUUCCCCAGGCUCUUCCCCAGUCUCUUCCCCAGUCUCUUCCCCAGUCUCUUCCCCAGGCUCUUCCCCAGUCUCUUCCCCAGUCUCUUCCUCAGUCUCUUCCCCAGGCUCUUCCCCAGGCUCUUCCCCAGGCUCUUCCUCAGUCUCAUCCUCUGGUUCCCCCGAUACUUCCCCAGAUGGCAUCUUCCCCUAUGAGGACAUGGAGUGGUCAAGCGGCCAUACCCAGGAGGGCUCAGCAGAUGACACCCGGCCCACCCCAGCCUCAGAUAGCCAACCAGGUGUGGUCACGGACGAGACGGAGAUUGGAGGGGCGGAGAGCGUCGCACACACUCCAUCUCACACACACUACACUUACACCAAAGACAAACAAACUCCCUCACAGACCGAGGUAGGAGACUUUGAGGGGUCUACGUCGACAGAAGAGGAAGGCUCGGCCCAGGAGGUGUACCCACAUGAAGACCCCAGAUUCACCAGCCCUGGCAGCCCUGGAGCCAUUGAGGCUCCCCUGGUGGGGCCUGGGGUAGAGGGACAGGUGACUGUUACACCCGAACCGGGAGCCAGACCUGGAGCCAGACCAGCCCAGGCAGGAGAGACUGUAGGAGACCGCACUGCACAUCACAUAGACUCUUCUACACAGCACACAGGCUACCCCCUCCAGCCUAUCACGCAGGAUAAAGAUCUCUCCACUCACACUAAGGAUCAGACCAGAUACCCACCUACACAUGGGAAGGACCAAACCACCCAGCAUGCCACACACGAUAGAGAUCAUACCAGAUACCCCACUACACAAACCACCCAGCAUCCAACACAUGCUAGAGAUCACCUCACACACACUAAAGAGCAAACCAAACAACCCUCUCACCCUAGAUUCCCCAACACCCACCACCAGGAGAAAACCAGCCUCUCUACCACAGAUAAGAAGACCACACUGCACCUGAACCAGACACACACACCCCCUGCACACCCCUCCACUCCACCUCCCACCCGCCCCUCCACUCCACCUUCUACCCUCCUGCCUGAUGGGGAGGAGUUUGUGGAUUAUGACCAUGUGAAUGGUUCUCCUCUGCUGGAGGCCAGUCCCCCUGUUCCUGAGGAACCCCAGUCCACCUAUCAGCCUGAAACAGGAACUGACUACUACAUUGAGGCCCAGACCAUCGAUGUCAGACGUAGGUGUAAAUCUCAGAGCCUAUUCAAUGUUUAA